AUGGCCUUUUCCGGUCCCUGCAAGUGGCUAAUCAAAUGUGCAGCAUUGCUUGCAAUCCUAGCUGCACAAGUCAAUGGCAUAGAUAUCUAUCUGGAAUGGAUUGUUGACAUUAACUACAUCAGUCCUGCGCAAUUCAUUCAGCCAGUUAUCACCAUUAAUGGGAUGUUUCCGGGGCCUCUCAUCAAUGCCACGACCAAUGAUUUCGUCCACGUGAAUGUCUACAACAAUUUGGAUGAACCACUACUCAUAACAUGGAAUGGCAUACAACAGAGACUAAACUCAUGGCAAGAUGGAGUGUCCGGCACAAACUGCCCUAUUGAACCCGGUCAGAACUGGACUUAUGUGUUCCAGAUCAAAGACCAGAUUGGCACUUUCACCUACUUUCCCUCCAUCAACUUCCAAAAGGCCGGAGGAGGAUUUGGACCCAUUCGUGUCAACAAUCGCAAUGUCAUCAAUGUCCCCUUCCCUAAACCAGAAGCGGAGUUUGAUCUUAUGAUCGGUGAUUGGUUUUACAACGACUACAAAGUGAUCAGGUCAAAUCAAAACGGGAUUUCUUUUGGUAAUAAUGUUCCUAAUGUGUUCUUGAUGAAUGGCAAAGCCCCUUAUGGGCUUCCAAAUACAUUAGCCUCCGAGUCCUUCACUGUCACACAAGGGAAGACAUAUAGAUUCAGGAUAUCGAAUGUGGGAACUGCAUUGAGUUUCAACUUUAGGAUUCAGAACCAUCAGAUGGUGUUGGUUGAAACCGAAGGGUCUUACACCAAUCAGACCACAUUCGACUCUCUUGAUGUGCAUGUUGGCCAGUCCUAUUCUGUUCUUGUUACUGCCAAUCAAGUCGGAGCAGAUUAUUUCAUGGUGGCUACACCAAAAUUAUUGGACACCGAUGACAACAGCUCCCUUGUGGCUAAAGGGGUGUUACACUAUGCCAAUUCCGCCACAACUGUUACAGGUCCUUUGCCGAGUGGACCUGAUCCGUUUGAUCUAGAAUUUUCAGUGAAUCAAGCUAAAUCUAUUAGGUGGAACAUGACUGCAGGGGCUGCAAGGCCUAAUCCACAAGGAACCUUCAAUGUAUCGAAUGUGACCCUAACGCAGACCUUUAUCCUCCACGGAUCACUAGCUCAAAUCAAUGGUGUUCCACGCUACGCUGUCAACAAUGUUUCAUAUCUCACUCCUAAUACCCCAUUGAAACUUGCUGAUCAGUUUGUCAAUGGAUCCGGUGUGUACCAGCUCGAUGCAUUCCCUGUCCAUUCUAUCAAUGAUGCUGGUGCCUAUGGAACCUCUGUUGUGACUGGGGACCAUAAAGGGUGGCUAGAGAUUGUUUUUAAGAAUGAUUUGGAAGCAAUGGAUUCCUGGCAUUUAGAUGGUUACGGAUUCUAUGUCGUUGGGUUUGGAGGUGGAGAAUGGACACCAAAAUCGCGCAAUACUUAUAACCUGUUAGAUCCUGUUGUUCGCUCCACUGUCCAGGUGUAUCCGGGAUGGUGGACUGCAGUUUAUGCAUUCCUGGACAAUCCCGGAAUGUGGAACCUGAGAUCCCAACACUUGACUCAUUGGUACAAGGGCCAAGAACUCUACAUAAGGGUUCACGACGAUGAUCCCAACCCUCUCAAGGAGAAGCCACCACCGGAAAAUGUCCUUUUAUGUGGUUAG